CCGUGUAACCCGGAAGCGUUCUGAUGUCAGCAGGGCAGCCCUAUAUGGGCCAUCGGGCAAGCGAACAGUGAAGUCCUAGCACGGUGGCAUGUGCAGAGGUGGACAUGAACGUGGUGAAAUCCAGCUUGAAAACACUGUUAGAAGAGCAUAUAUUUUAACCGCAUAUAUCUUCCUGUUGAGUCCCAGUUUACGAAGCCUUAAAGUGCCGAAUGAAAGUACACAUCCUUUCUCGGAGUGCUCUAUAUUUAUUGUGAUAUUUGGAUAUUAAAUGCUGAAGCGAAAGAUAAUGGUAUUCUAAUGAAGAAUACAAUUUGUCAAAGUCGGUAACCGCGGGGUUAGAGUACACCAAUAGAUCACGCUAUCUGAUGUGGCACCUCGCACUUCCCGUAGUGACUUACGUCUUAGGUGUGUUUUUCCCUGGAUUUGAUAGGAUUCAGUAAGCAAUGGAAGGAAGAGAGGAAGCUGAAGUCCAGAUAUCUGAGAUAGAUUUGCUGGGUAGUAUGUUCCCCAGUGAGGAGGAGUUGGUAAUAGUUGACCAGCUGGCACUGGCUGAGCUGAGGGACUAUGCAGAAGGCAGGAGCAGCUCGCGCCCUUCAUCGGCUCCGCAGAUCGUGAUCCGUCAGAAGGUGGAAUCUGGCAGCGAGACUCAGGUGAUUGUUACAAUUUCUUGUACGUACGUGUCAGGGUAUCCCAAUGUCUUGCCAGAAAUUACUCUCAGAUGUCCAGAAUUGAAUAGAGCCCAGCUGAGCCAGCUUCACAGAGACCUGAUGUCUCACCUGGCAGAGAACUCUAGGCAGGAGGUGUGCGUCCUAGCCGCUGUGGAGUGGAUCCGUGAUCACGCUCACCUCUACAUUGCCCAGAGCGCCCCCUCCAGCACGCCUCAGAAGGAGCCUCUGCUUUCCAGCACGGCGUGGGAGGUGUUCACUAGGCUGUGGAUUUACAGUCACCACAUCUACAAUAAGAGCAAGAGGAAGAACAUGCUGGACUGGGCGAGCGAGCUGGGCUUGUCCGGAUUCAGCAUGCCCGGAAAACCCGGGGUUGUGUGUGUCGAGGGACUGCAGCCAGCUUGCGAGGAAUUCUGGGCCAGGGUUAAAUGUUUAACCUGGAAGAGAAUAAUGAUCAGGCACAGAGAGGACGUACCGCUGAAGGGUCGAGGUGACGAUCUACAGGAUGCCCUCAGCUCUCUUUGCAAAUUUGCUGGCUUUGAGGAAGCCAUAUUUGACCCCCAUGGGAGCAGAGGGAAUCACAUGGACCUUGGACAGCUCUACCAGUUCCUUAGCGAUAAGGGCUGUGGGGAUGUGUUUCAAAUGUAUUUUGGGAUUGAGGGGAGGUAGCAGUUGGACCAAUAUUGGUCCAGUCAGGCAUGGUACCCUUGGGUCUAAGAGAGCAUAUUGAUUGUAACUUUAUUGCAUGUUAUUGGAACUCAAAUUGAAUACAUGAAUCGGACGAAGACCUUCAGGUGGACAACUUCAUAAAUUUAUUAUGGUGUUUUGAUCUGUGGUCAAAAUCAGAAAAUCUUUUAAAGAAAAUGUUUAUUUUUUAAAAAAAAAAGAAUUUUUCAGACACACUCAGUGCCCAUAACUGGAAAGUUAAAAUAUAAAAUAUACAAGUUGUUUGUUAUUACCCUUCUGUAUACACACUUAAAACAGAGAUAAAAUAAAAUUAAUGUAACUGGAAAACUAAAAAAAUUACGCAUUGUCAAACUCCAGUUGCCUUACUGUCAUGAAGUCUUUGCCCUUGCCAUUGAUUUAUUUAAAAUAUUUAAUCAUAGCUAUGGAUUUUAACAAUGUGAAUGAGCUUUUCACAUGCCCAAUGGACAAGAAAAUUAGAGAAAUAGCACCAGAGAGCAGACAAUUAUGCGCUUUUCCUGUCGCUCAAGGCAUUGCUGGCGGCAGCUCUGGUACUCGGGCUGUUCAGUGCCUCCGUGCGGUGAGUUCGUCAUUCUGUGCUAAAAUGCUGUGGAGUUACACGCCUUUAACAAUAAAUGCCGAGACUAUGCAUAUCGAUAUUUAUAUUUAUAAAUAUAUUAAUGGAUGCUGUGGUCAGUCUCGGAAAGGCUUUAGUGAAGGACUGCGUGAAAAUAGGAAUCGCUUACCGCAGGCAUUCAAAUGAGGUUUCUUCGCUGGCCUAUGCAGGGACUUUCUGUAUCGGCUGGUUCUCCUGGAUACUGUAAAACGCAUCUGGCUUUGCAGCUUCAGGGGCAGCUCAUCGCUCCAGGGCAGGGGGUGGGGAACCUGAUCCACGGAGGGCCAAUUCGGGUUUUUGGGACGACCUCUCAUUCAGCCAGUAAUAAAACAGUGGUUUUCAGCUCCAGUCCAGAGAUCUCACUGUUAUUGGCCGAUUGAGAGGCCGUCCCAAAAACCCACACCGGCUCUCCAUGGAUCAAGGUUCUUCACCCCCUGCCCUAGAGCAACAGCGAUGCGGAGAAGUAUGUAAGGAGUCUGAUUCACUAUUUCAUCCAAGUGUAGCAGGGUACUGUAAAUUUUUAAUAAAACCACACGAUCGAGAGCAGAUUUGCAGGGUCACCCAGAGUUUGUGAAAUACUUCUUAUCCCUGCUUUCUGUUAUACACGUGUUUAAAUAUGUAUUAGCUUGAUGUUACGCUUGAAAUUCUAGGCGCUGAAAUAAAGAUUUGUUUUUUGUGGGUUUAUCUGAAUUUCAGGUGUGAAGGCCAACAUGUUGUUGAAACCCUUGAGUAUAGUUUGCUUCUGCUCGUCUGCUGUGGAUGGAACAUAAUGAUGCCUUGUGGGAUAUUUGUAAUACUACAGUCUGUUCUGGAAGCCUGAUAAUCGGAAGCAUAGAAUCCCACUUAGAUUAACUACGUUGAGUUUCCACAC